AUGUAUUCCGAGCCCAUCUUCUUCUGGAAACCCGAGCAGGAACACGGGUAUCUAGGACAAUGGUGGAAGUCUGACUUCACCGUGCCCGCAGAGGAUGGAGGCAAGGAGCUGAAAUAUGAGAACUGUGAACAUUACAUGAUGCACCAAAAGGGCGUCCUCUUCGCUCCAGACGACCCCGUAACGCAAGAGAUCCUUGCUCCCUCAGGUCCCGUACCUGAUCCCAAGACGAUAAAAGCUCUAGGCCGCAAAGUGCCCAACUUCGACGACGCGGUGUGGAAGAAAGAACGCUUCCGGAUCGUGGUGCAGGGGAACUACUACAAGUUCACGCAGAACCCGGAGCUCAAGGCCCAGCUGCUGGAGACGGGCGAUAGGGAGCUUGUCGAAGCUAGUCCGCGCGAUAGGAUAUGGGGAGUUGGCUUUGGAGCGAAGAAUGCGCCGGCCAAGAGAGCAAACUGGGGGCUGAAUCUGCUUGGAAAGGCGCUGAUGGAGGUUCGGGAGCGGAUUAGGAGGGAGGAAGAGGAGGCUGAGCAAGAGAAGGGCAACCAGGACGAGUGA